AUGCACUUGACUACUGAGCAACAACAUCGAUCCAUCAGACAUAUGGUCAUGAUGCAAUCAGAUUAUCUCAACGGCGUUGGCAGAAGGGCGUAUGACGUACACAGGUUUAGGCAAGAGGAGAAGGACAUCAAGGAGAAUUUCCGGCAAACUUUGGAGAGAGUUGCGAGACAAGCAUUAGGUGCCAGAUACCCUGACUUGGAGCCAGACAAGGUUAAAUUGAAAUGCUACGGCAGUCUUGCCAACGGCUUCGCACUGGCAGGAUCAGACUUGGAUCUGCUCUUGUCAUUGCCUGAAUAUGAAGGGCCCAAACCAGAAGUCAAUGCGAUGCCUACAAGUCAAUCUGAGAUCACAUCGGACGACCGGCAGGAAGGGCAGGGCUUCAAAGCUGACAUUCGUCGAAUCUUGGAGAAAGCCUUCCUUGACCAUGGGUAUGGAGCCAGACUUCUCACGCAGACGCGCGUCCCAAUCUUGCGCGUCUGUCAGAGUCCAACCCCAGAGCUGCUCCGCAAUCUGCGACAAAAUCGCGCCGCGUGGGACAUGUCUCGCGAUGAAUCAGGUAUUAUCGAAACCGAUCUUCCAACGUCAGACGACGCCCCUGCAGAAGCCGAUUCGGUUCAACAAGCUUUGACCGACCUCAGUCUUGCAGCGACUGCACCUGCGAAGCAAGGCCGUCAUGGUAACGCAGGUCUGGAGUUUACCGAGGAUUGCGGCAUUCAGUGUGACAUUAAUUUCGCCAAUUUUGUGGCUCUUCACAACUCGGCCCUGCUGCGAACCUACCAAAGUUUCGACUCGCGGGUCAGAGAAGUCGGCAUCUUUGUAAAGAUCUGGGCCAAGGCAAGAGACAUUAACACACCCUAUCGCGGCACUCUAUCUAGUUAUGGCUGGAUUAUGAUGGUACUUCACUACCUGAUGAAUGUCGUGAAUCCCCCCGUCAUUCCCAAUUUACAGUAUCUCGCCAAGAUUGACGACUCAUGGUAUCCGGAUAGACCAAUUGAGUUGUUCGAGGGAUUCGAUGUCCGAUUCGUCCAGGAUUCCAAAGGUUUGAAAGAAGCUCAAGAAGACGUGGCUGCAAACCGAAAUAAAGAAUCUGCAGGUCAACUGCUUAGAGGCUUCUUCCAGUACUACGCAACCUAUCAAGGCUUUCAUUGGACCCGGGAUGUUAUCUCGAUCAGAACAAAGGGUGGUCUUAUAUCCAAACAAGCCAAAGGAUGGACUGAGGCGAAAUGGCAACAGACAGGGAAGACAUCAGUCCGUCUUCGCUAUCUGCUUGCAAUCGAGGAUCCUUUCGAAAUCGAGCAUAAUGUCGCACGCACUGUGGGACAUCAUGGCAUAAUCGCCAUACGGGACGAGUUUCGCCGAGCGUGGUCAAUCAUCAAUACAAUCGGCACCGAUCAGGAGAUUCCCGCUGGGGAAUUUCUCACUCCCGUCACGGAGCGUGUUGAUACGCUGAAAAAAGAUCUGGAAGGCCGCAAAGAAAGACAAAUGCAACUGAGGCAAGAAUUGGAGGCUAAGGAAAAAGCAUUGCUUCGGAAAGGGGAUGAGGAAACCCCUGAUCCAUAUACAGAUGGUACGUUGGGAGAUUCUGAUCUGGGGAAAUCCGAGACCCACCUGCCUCAAGAGAGCAAAGUCUACCCGUCAAAGUCGAAGCUGACCUCGACAACGUACCCCCAGGACAGGAACAGACGAGUGAAGCCAAAGAGAUGGCGAUACAGAAAGGUAUCAGUCGACAGUGAUGAUGGCGAAGAAGACGAGAAUUCAAUCAAUGAUGCACGAGAUAAUGCAAAAGAGCACGACAGUACUCAUAACGCUGCUCCACAAACUAAAGCCGAGCCAAAGGAAUGGAACGAGGGACUCACUUCACGGUCAGAAGUGCUCUUCGCCAAUGGCUAUGAUCUUGAAGGGAACCCUAUCGCUUGGGAUAUUGACACCCGAGAUGGACGCUGGCUCGCCUGGAGAGACCGGAAGGUAAAGAAGGGCACGUUAAAGGAGUUUGCAAAUCCCAAUCUAAGCAAACUGAACGAAGAGUGUCCUUAUGACGCUAGACGACCCAAUCCAUACAUCGGCAAACCAUACCGCAACAACUUUGAACACUUAAUGCAGAAUCCGAGAGCACCCUGGCCGUCAAGCAAUCGUGGUAGAGGGAAUAGGAGCGAAGCGGCACCCUUCCAGGCUCGCUCUGCCGAAGAUAGGGUCGCUGUAUCUGGAGCUGAGAGAGAUGCUCAGACAAAAGACACGCCCGUGGCAGAUGUGGUGGCCGAAGUGGCUGAAUCAUGUGAUGCAAACAACCCCGAGGAGAGCAAGAUCGCCUCCAUAACAGAGGCUUCAGCGAGGUUAGUAGGGCCAAACAUCCCGUGGGACACAAGUACUUUUGGUGGCCGCUGGCUUCGAUACCGAGACCGAGCCAUACGUGCCGGAAGGUGGGAACACCAUCGGCACUCUAAAUACGCCGAAAUUGAUCUUGCGUUUCCUUACAACCCGGAAAUGACAUGGGCAGAAAUGGCGAGAAAGAAUCAGCUAUUGGAACAGUACUACAAGCACACUAUUUUCCCGACCAAGCAGCGGAAUACCUUUUCUCGACGCUUUGCAACAGUCUCGCCUACAACUGAAGUCAACGAACGGGCUCCAUCAUCCGGGGGGGGCCAGCCAGCAGCAUCUCAGAAUCAGACAAAGAGUCAGAAGUCAAGCCACCAUUAUUCAGUAUCAGCAGAAAACACUGCACAGGGUGGCAGUUGUUCUUUCGUCUGUUCAAGUUCUGCUCAGAUUGAUCCGUUGCCAGACAAGCCGCCUUCCUCCGACAGUCACCCUUCUCACGCUACCAUCUCCGAGAGUGCGCCGACAACACCACCUGGUGGUUCUCGGAGUCCAAAAUUGGAUUUUCUACGCACCAAGCGGCUCGCCUUCUUUUCGAAGCUGACGACUCCGUCGAAGAAUAAGGGCGACACAGAUGUCCAAUUUUAUUCCAAGCCAGCUAUUGCGAGCGAAGCACCGGAACUGGUCGAUGAACAGAUCCAGAACCCUCUCCCACGCCGCCCAGGACUCGCUGAAGAAGUGAGCUUUGGUGGGGAUUCUCGUCACGACAUGGAAGCGAAAGGCCACCCUAAAGAAGGGGCCAACCAGUCAUAUCAUGCCGGCAACGAGUUGUCCCUUCCAGCAUUGGCGACGGAUGAGAGCCAAGGCACGGACAAUUCAUCCCUUCAAGUCCCGGCGACCCUCUAUCCUGACGUCGACAGCAGCAGACGACCUAGAGAUGAAGACCCUAACGUUAUGCCCAUCCCCCGAUAUCUCGGCUUUCGUUUCGACCCACAGCAGUUAGCGGAUCUAGCCACCAUCGCAAAAGGCGGCAAUGGAUGUGCACGGGGAGGGGCGCAAUUUCGAAUUGAAGAAGAGGAAUACGAAUGGGGCGGCGGAGGGAUGAUGGGAUGGAAGACGAGUAGCGGACCGCAGCUUGCUGGUGCGAGUGGCGGUCAUCCACCGUACGAGAAAGCUGGUAGAGGAGACGAAGAGGGUUUACUUGAGGAGCUGCCGAGGGGCUUGGAUUGA